AUGAUGAUCACCGAGAUUGGUAAUUUGGUGUUGUUUGAUCAGAAAAAUGCAACAGUGUGGCAGUCAUUUUCUCACCCUACUGAUGCAUUGGUCUCUGGGCAGUCACUUCUGGAAGGUAUGAGGCUCGUAGCAAGUACGUCUGCAACAAAUUGGACAGAGAAUCAGUUGUACAUGACAGUUCAAACUGAUGGAUUGUAUGCUUAUGUCGGAUCCACAUCACCACAACUCUAUUUUUCGAAAUCGGUGAACAAAAACAAGACAGGAAAAGAUCCAACAAAGGUUACCUUCACGAAUGGCAGCCUCAGCAUCUCUGUGCAGUCCAAGCAAUCAGAUGAAUCAGACACGAGUAUCCAAUUACCAGCAGCUAACUCCACCCAGUACAUGAGAUUGGAGUCAGACGGGCACCUGAGGCUCUACGAAUGGUCUAAUGCAGAUGCAAAAUGGGCUGUAGUGUCUGAUGUAAUCAAACUAUUCCCUGAUGAUUGUGCCUUUCCAACAGUAUGCGGAGAGUAUGGUAUAUGCACAGGGGGGCAAUGUGCUUGUCCGCUUCAGAGUAAUUCUAGUUCAAGCUACUUCAAGCCGGUCGAUGAGCGGAAGCCAAAUCUUGGCUGUGCAUCACUGACUCCAAUCUCUUGUCAGGAAAUGCAACACCAUCAGUUGUUGACUCUUACAGACGUUUCUUAUUUUGAUGCCAGCCACAUCGUUGCGAAUGCAACAAACGGAGAAGACUGUAAGCAAGCUUGCUUGAAGAACUGCUCCUGCAGGGCCGUGAUGUUCAGGUAUGGCCAGAAUGAUUCCGCUGGAACGUGUAUGUGGGUGACCAGGGUCUUCUCCUUGCAAUCAAUACAACCUGAAAUUGUUCACUACAACUCCUCUGCUUACCUCAAGGUGCAGCUUAGCCCUUCAACUUCUGCCUCUAAUGCAAACAAAAGGAAGGUGAUGUUAGGUGCUACACUUGGAGCUACUACUAUUCUUGUACUGCUAGUCAUUGCUGUCAUUCUUUAUGUGCGAAGGAAAAAGUACCAAGAGUUAGAUGAUGAAUUAGAUUUUGACCAAAUUCCUGGAAUGACAGUGAGGUACACGUUCGAAAACUUGAGAGAAUGCACUGGAGACUUUAGUAAAAAGCUCGGAGGUGGUGGGUUUGGAACAGUUUUUGAAGGGAAAAUAGAUGAAGAGAGAGUUACAGUAAAACGUUUGGAAGGUGCUAGACAAGGAAAGAAAGAAUUCUUGGCUGAAGUCGAUACUAUUGGCAGCAUUGAACACAUCAAUCUUGUUAGACUGAUCGGCUUUUGUGCAGAGAAAUCUGAAAGACUUUUAGUAUAUGAAUAUGUACAGAGAGGGUCACUUGAUAGGUGUAUCUACUACCGCCAUAACAAUGCCCCUCUUGAUUGGUGCACCCGGCACAUGAUCAUUCUAGAUAUUGCCAAAGGCCUAUGCUAUCUCCACGAGGGGUGCAGGCGAAUAAUUGCUCAUUUGGACAUCAAACCACAAAAUACUCUCUUAUAUGAGAAUUUCAACGCCAAAUUGGCUGAUUUUGGACUAUCUAAGCUAAUGGACAGGGACCAAAGCAAAGUAAUGACAAUGAUGAGGGGCACACCUGGGUAUCUGGCACCUGAAUGGUUAACGUCCCAAAUCACUGAAAAAGUUGAUGUCUACAGCUUUGGAGUUGUUGUCAUGGAAGUAAUUUGUGGAAGAAAAAAUAUUGACAUAUCUCUUCCCGAGGAGAGUGUUCAGCUCAUCAAAUUGAUACAGAAAAAGGCUGAAGAUAAUCAGUUUAUCGAUUUGAUUGAAAACCAUAGUGAGGACAUGGUCUUACACCAAGAGGAAGCAGUUCAAUUGUUGAAGCUUGCAAUGUGGUGCCUGCAAAAUGAUAGCAGUAGAAGGCCUUCAAUGUCAUCGGUGGUCAAGGGUAGCCGCAAUGUAAGACCUUCUGUGGCUUGGAACAUUUGGAAUGAGCGCAAUAGAAGGAUCUUCAGGCAUGAACAACCUAAUGCUGCAGGUGUUUGCUCUUUGAUCAGAGAUGAGUUAGAUCUCCUUAAGGAGGCGUUGGAGUAG